AUGUCUCCCCUUCCCAACCUAAAAGCCCUCCUGAACCUCCCCUCCAAAGACGGCACCCUUCCCCGCCGUCCCCUCACCCCACCCCUCCGCAAAACCCUCACCCAAACCCCCUGUCUCCUAUUCGCGCUCCCCCCCGAAAUCCGCCUCCAAAUCUACCACGAAGUAAUCUCCUCCUGGAACUGGGGCACCAAAAUCCACAUCCACCGCUCCACGCAUUUCCGGCGCGAGAAAACCGGACCGGGGUAUUUGACUGCUAUACCAUGUGUGGCCGUGGAGCGAACGCAGGAGGAGUGGGAGGCUGAACAACCGGCGCCGUCGGUUCGGACGCGGACGCGGUUGGGGUUGGAGACGUAUGGGGUGUUUCCCGAUGCGUGUUUGGAGUGCGCGAAUGGGUAUUGGAAGUUUUUGAAUCGGAGGGUGGAUAUGAGGUGGGAGAAACGGAUGGAGGUGUGUGAGGAUAAAUUGGCUAUGUUUGUUGUUUGCCGGAGGAUGUACGCGGAGACUAUUGAUUUGCUUUACACGACUUUUGCAUUUCAAGUUGAUCAUCCGGCUGCGGUUUAUGAGUUUUUCACUACAGUGCCGAUGGUGAGAUUGAAUAUGAUCAGAAAACUGCAGAUUAUCUGGUCUUGGCGACUACCAAAGUAUAUGAUGAAUCCCCCUAAGCAAACGGCGCUCGGCUGGACUGUUCGCAAGCUUCAGGGUAGGGAAAAACAGUGGCUACGCUGUUGCAAGAUCAUAAAGAACAUGCAAGGCUUACAGGAUUUACGAAUUCGGUUAUUCAAGGAUAUGGGGAAUGACCUCAAUGAAUGGCGGUUGUUGAAGCCGCUAAGUGGGAUUAAAGUGCGGGAUAACAACUGUAUUUUGGAGUUGCCUGCAGUUGAAGAUUGGAAGGAAGGAGAUGGGCUUGUUGGUGCGAAAGUUGGCGAGAAGAGCUUACCAUUUCCCAUUGAGAGAAGAGAGGUACUUGGUGAUAAUAAUUGGAGGUCUGUCCGCGGGAUCGUGGGAGUGGGAUCUUUUGAUCAAGCGAAGCUAUAUGUGCAGAUUCCGGCACAUCUUGUUGCUAUUAUUCUGGUUCCUCCUGUGGUGGCGGUGUACGUGGUCAAGAAAACUAUCAUCAAAUUUGACCAGAAAUUGGAGCAGGAUAGGAAAAGAAAAGCAAGGAUGGCUCUGUCGGGGAAGAACUAA